UCCCAAACAAUACAAUGACAGGGUAGUACCAGGUUUAAAGUAUACUUGUAUACUUGUUUUGUUUUCAAUGAUCCAUGACUUUGGCCGCAACCACUUUAAAAUGAUUUAAAUGUGAAUACCCCUACUCGUUGAUGAGACUAUCCAUACAGCUGCUACACAGAACACGUUCAGUUCUUAGCCGGGCAGUGUUGAGAAACUUACCACAGGCGAAUAGGCGAUCUACUCCGUGAACAAUGAAGGAGUCUUUCCUGGAGCGACGUUGUGGGUCAUGUCGGGUGCUGACAGUUAUCAUGCUGGCCGUACUUGCAGUCAUCAUAGUUUUCGCCGCCACCCUUAUAGCGACGUUGACCCAAGGUUCAGCAAUGACGACACAUACCAUGGGGUCUGAUGAAGUUUCCUCGGACGCCGACUGUCUGGACAUCGCCGUGAUCGGCGGCGGUAUUGGGGGCGCCUACACCGGGUGGAGACUGAGGGACAGAGGUCUCUCUAUCUCCGUGUUCGAGUACUCGGACCGAGUCGGGGGGAGACUCUUCACAACUGACUUUCCUGCAGCUACAGGGACGUACCUGGAUUUCGGGGGGAUGAGGUUUAGAUCUGGAGCUCAUCCAACGCUGAAUAGAACAGCAACAGAGAUUGGACUGAAUAUAAUCCCAUUUGAACUUGGAUUUGGGAACCCGGAUGAGACAGUAUGGUUUAGUCGCGGAAAGCGAAUGGUCAUCAACGAUAUUCAGACCAAUGACGUUCCUUACAAUCUCAAGGACAAUGAAAAGAAGGACCCUGGGACAUUGCUCUGGAAUAUUUUCAACAACAACGUGAACUUCAGCGGCAACACAUACCCCAGUCUAGAUGAAAUGUACUCCCUGACUACGUCGGAUGGAACGCCGCUGUACAAAGUCUCAGUUGACAACCUCCUUGGAUCUGCAGCAAGUCAUGAAGCCUACGACUACAUAUCUGAUCUGAAUGGGUGGGACAUGGCUGUAGGGAGAAUGGCAGCGCCCCACAGUGCCAAGUUUUUUAUUCCUUUUCCCGGGAAUACAGGCAUAAGCGAAGGAUAUAAGACAAUAGAUGGAGGAAUGCAGAAAGUGCCACAAACACUCAUGAAGAAAUUCUUGGAGGCAAGCUCGAGGCACAAGCUCCAUCUGAACCACCACCUGGUGAAGAUAGAGAAGAGACAGGCUGGAGGAUACAACCUCGGGUUCAGAAAGACUCAGACAACAGACGGAAUCACGACCCCAGUACAGACUGGUGACGGAGACGUGACGAUGUGUGCGAGGAAGGUGGUGUUGGCUGCACAACAGAGUUGCAUACAAGAGAUUGAUUUUCCCGCGUUCAAGACUCCAGAGAUUAUGCAGAAUCUAGACUCUCUGAUUGGAAUGAAAUCUGGUAGAAUCUACCUCGCCUACAACACCAAGUGGUGGAAGACCGGCAACCCAGACAUCACCCAUACCAAGAGUGACCUACCCAACAGACAGACCUAUGACUGGUCCACCGGCACCAACAACGUCUCCAUCAUCAUGGCGUCCUACCACGACGGGGACUUGGCACACUACUGGCGAGAACUGAGUCAGUUCGGGACACCCAUCCCUGGCAGUCUCCCGGGAGUGAAUGCCGUUACCGACGUCGUCAAGAAGAGAGCUGAGAAGUACCUGAGCGCCAUCUACAACGUCAGCCAAUCAGACAUCCCCGAGGCUGUUGGGGGCGCAAUGAUGUUGUGGGACAAAUAUCCUUUUAAUUAUGGCUGGAACCUAUUUAAGCCUGGCGCUGACGAAAGAAAAGUUCGCGAAGUAAUACCCAAACCAUCCCCAUCCGAUGAUGUGUACAUCGUCAGCAACUCCUGGGCUCCUGAUGACCUGCAAGGGUGGUCAGAAGGAGUGUUGAGAGCGGUUGAUGGCGUCAUCAAUAAAUAUUUCAAGAAUAUGUAAUAACUAUACCUCAGAUAAUUAAUCUUAUAUGACUAAAUAACCAGAUACAAUACAUACUAUAUUUCAAAGAGAGAGGUUUGAAGAUUAAUCAAGUAUUUGUUCAUGUCCAAGAAUUGCUGAUUAUUGAAUUUGUAAACUUACAAUAAUUUCUUUCUAACAAGGGGAACAUAGGGACCCGACCAUAUAAUAUUCCGGGGAAGCCUUGGAGUUUUCUUGAGACAGAAUAGGCUUUGAUUAAUCAAGUGUUUGUUCAUACCCUAUAUAAUAUUUUUAUUAAACAGUAUUUUGUUCCUAA